AUGCUAUGUAUCAUUAUAUAAACAAAGCAAUAAAAUGAUUAGGAGAUAAAUACUGCAAAUUACUAUUUAAAGGAAGUAUAAAUUAUUAAUGAAAAUAGUUUAUUUUUCAAUAUUUCAAAGAUUAAAUGAAUAGAAGACAUAGAUUCGAUCCUAUAUGUAUUAAAUAUUGUUAUUAUUAGAUUAACAUUCUGUAAUCUUAAAAAAUGGGUAGGGCAAUAUCAAUAUCAAAAUAAAUCUAAAAAUUUUGACCUUAAAUGAUGAUGUUUUUUGA